AUGGAGGAGCUGGACCGACAAGCAGAUAUGGCGUUGGAGCAGCUUGGAGACUUGGCUGAACCAUCCGGGGUGGCGUGGCCAAAUCUUGACCACGAUUAUUCAACGGAGGCGGAUAAUUUGAUUUUGAAAUUGUUUUUUGAGAACUUGAAUGAUGAAGUUGAUGAUGAUGACGAUUAUGAUGAAAACAUCACAGCAAGUCAUGUAACUACUUUCUAUAGUUACAUGGAUAAGCUGAGUUUGAAGGACUGUCUCAGAUACAUUGCAGUAUUGGGAAAACUGUCUCGGCCCAUUGUGAACAUGAUUUUGGCAGCCUUGAUAAGUAAACUCAACUUAGAUUUACAGUACCUCGAGGCAAGCGAACUUUUGUCAAAACCCGCGUACUUUUGUAACUUUUGUUUGUCCCGCGUAGGUUUGGAACUAGCGACCAUCUCCAGUGGUGAUUUCUGGUACCAAGGAAUCGAGACAGUCCUGCAGAAUUAUUUUCGAAAUACCAUUCCCGAGGUAGACACUUUUUCUCUCCAAGUGUCGAUCGACGGGCUUCCUCUUUUAAGAAGUUCAAGUCGGCAGCUGUGGCCGAUAUUGAUAAAGGUGGAAGAAUUGUCCGAAGCUCCGGUGAUGCUUGUCGCAGUGCUUUGUGGCAAUUCAAAACCAGAGCUAGUAGAAGAAUUUUUGCGACCUCUUGUUGUGGAAGUUAAUGAUCUUCAACAAAGAGGUUUGCGUUUCGGUGAUAAAGUGGUACGCUUAUCACUUCGUGCCCUGAUCGCUGAUUCACCUGCGCGCGCUUUUGCUAAAGCUACAAUUAGCUUUAACGGAAAACAUGGAUGCCUAAAAUGCACCUGUAUUGGAGAACAUAUUGGUCCGGGGAAAGUUAUUUUUGACUCGGUCAAUGCACCAUUGCGCACGGACGCUGGAUUCCGUCUACGUAUUACAAAAGAGCAUCACAAAGAAUGGCGAACACCUUUGGAAGAUGUUCACAAUUUUGACUUGAUAGCCGGCGUUCCAGUGGUGAGCGUCUACAUUUAUGCGAAUGAGGAGUGA